AUGGCUCGACUGCGACCUGCCAUUGCGACCGUCUCACUCGGCCGUUCCAGCGCCGGCCACAGCAUCACUCAAAAGCUCCAAGCCGCCAGUGAAUUUGAUUUUGAGGGCGUGGAGAUAUUCUUCGAAUGCUUGCAGCAUCAUGCCAGGGAUCGCUUUGGUGCUUCGGAUCGUCUGGAGGCAGAGAAGCUGCUCGCAGCGGCCGGCGACGUCCGAAAGACCUGCGACGAUCUCCAUCUCGAGGUCGUCUGCCUGCAACCAUUCACCUUCUAUGAUGGUCUGGUCGACUUCGAUGCACAUCGACAGCGUAUUGAGGACUUGAAGCUCUGGUUCCGAAUUUGUAAAGUUCUUGGGACGGACCUCAUCCAGAUACCUUCCAACUUUGCCAUGGAGGGCACGACAGGGGAUCGAGAAAGGCUCGUGGCUGACUUGGACGAAGCUGCACAGUUGGGUCUAGCGGAAGCGCCUCCAGUGCGCUUUGCCUAUGAGGCGAUCAGCUGGGCCGAUCAUAUCGACUUAUGGGAGCAGUCCUGGGAGAUUGUCCAGAAGGUCAAUCAGCCAAAUCUUGGGCUCUGUCUCGAUGUGUUCCACAUUGCUGGAAGGAUAUGGGCAGAUCCAACAACGCCAUCUGGACAAGUUGAUGGCGGAGACUCUGCCUUGCAGCGCUCAUUGGCCCACUUGCUGCGUACUAUCGACAUCAAGAAGAUCUUCUAUGUUCAGCUCUCCUGGAAGGGCUGGGUCAGCAUGGAGAUGUUCAAUCAGAGCCAUUACGAGGUGGGAAAUGAUGUAGCGAAGUCUCACGCGGCCAGAGCCCAGAAAUCCUGGCAGAAGCUGCUGAGCAAGCUCGAUUAUCGAAGACCUGGAGACUCCGAACAGCUUCAGCUGGGCCGCAGGAUAGCAUUAUCCGGUACUCCGAUCUCCCACUCACUAUCGCCGAUCUUCAAUCACACCCUGUGGUCGCUGAUUGGACUAUCUUGGAUAUAUGAAUUGAUGGAGACCACAUCCCUCGAAGAUCUGUUCGUUGAACUGCGUUCGGGUACCUAUGUCGGUGCCUCAAUUACCAUGCCGCACAAGAUCAAAGCUCUGGAGCUGGUGGACGAGGUCUCAAGUGAGGCACAAAAGAUUGGUGCCAUAAAUACUGUUCUCGUCUCUCGGGAGAAAGGAUCUGGCGAGCGAAGACUUCUCGGUGACAAUCUUGAUUGGAAGGGAAUGCUUCUUGCCAUGGAGGCUGCUUGUUCGUCUGUGGAUCAAUACACCAACAAAGAUAUCGGGAUGGUCAUCGGUGCUGGGGCGACUGCACGUACUGCUGUGUACAUGAUGUGUGAACACCUCCAUAUUUCCGAAAUCUACAUCGUCAACCGCGACGCAAUGGAAGUCUCAGCCCUUGUUCACGACAUCAAGAUUCGCGGAGUCAAGGCAAACAUGAUACACGUGGCUCGAGUGGAAGAUGUUUCAAGCUGUUUUAGACCUACAGUGGCUAUCGGAACGGUGCCAGACUGCAAAAUAUCCUCGGCCGAAGAGGAGCAAGCCCGCGAAGUUGCUUUACGUUUGUUGAAUUUGCCGGCCCUGAGAGCAGCGACCCAGAGCUGUAUUCUGGACAUGUGUUAUUCUCCCGACCCGGAGACUACACAAAUCAUCGCAGCCAAGAAGGCUGGUUGGGUGACCGUUUCAGGUGUGGAGAUCGUGGCAGCCAUCAAUGUUCUACAGAAUGAAGCGUGGCAGGGCCGGAGCCGGGAGACAUUCUGGAACACGAAAGUUGAGAACCAUUGCAAGAUGGCCAUGCAACACGCACUUGGGAAGAGGGCUUGUCCAUAA